UGACCAGUUACAUCGAAGCAUUCAGUCAUGAAAAAUAUAUCUGGAAUAGCAAAGGCGGAGGAGGAUUUGAAAUACGCCACGAGAUUCGUGAAACCGAUUAUGGGAAUGAUCGGUGCCUGGCCGAUUUCACCUUCUACCUCUUUUUUUUCAAAAGUACUCCAAAGAUCGAAACAUAUAUUCACAUACUUCCUUUUUUUCCUGAUAAUGAUCCCAACUCUGAUGUACGUGUUCCUGAAAGAGAAGAACAACAAAAUGAGAUUGAAACUUAUGCCACCGAUUAUUAACUGCAGUAUACAGUUCUUCAAAUACACGAUCAUUCUCUGGCGGAGGAAGGAGAUCCAAGAAGGAUUAUACGCGAUCAAACAUGAUUGGAUAAAAGCCACGGAAGAGGAGCGAUUGAUUUUUCGCUCGAAAACGAAGAUCGGAAGGAGGGUAGUUUUGAUCGUGGCAUUCACUAUGUACGGUGGCGGUUUAUGCUAUCGAAUGAUCCUUCCCCUUCUGAAGGGAACGAUCGUCACUGCUAAUAACACUACGAUUAGAGCAUUACCUUGUCCCAGUUAUUUUCUCAUUUUGAACGAGCAACAGUCGCCGAUUUACGAAAUAUUGUUCGUGCUGCAAAUUAUAGCCGGAAUAGCGAUUUAUGCGGUUAUCUGCGGCUUCUGCGGCAUUUUUGCUCUGCUAGUUCUUCAUGCAUGGAGUAUGCUCAGGAUCCUAGUGAAUAAGAUAAAGAAAUUAGUGGAUAAAUCAGAUAUGUCUGAAGUGGUGCUGCAAAGAAAGAUCAUGGAUAUUGUUGAAUAUCAAAUGAAAAUAAGAGGUGAAUUUUUAAAGAACAUUGAAACAAUUACAGAAUACAUAUGUUUAAUCGAAAUGAUUGGUAGUACGUGUAUGAUCUGUCUCGUGGGUUACUGUAUUUUAAUGGAAUGGGAGAAUACUAAUACAAUGGCAAUCGUAAUCUAUAUCACGAUACAAAUAUCUAUCAUCUUCUGUGUUUUUAUACUUUGUUACAUUGGACAAAUGCUUGUAGACGAGAACUACAUUGUAAGCCAAGCAUCAAGCACCGUGAAUUGGUAUCGUCUUUCCAUUAAAAAUAUGCGUUGCUUGAUACUAAUUAUCGCUAUGUCUAACCAUCCAAUGAAACUCAAAGCUGCCAAAAUGAUGGAAAUGUCUUUGAUUACUUUUACCGAUAUCAUGAAAGUUUCAAUGGGAUAUUUAAAUAUACUACGUGAAAUUAUUUAAACAAUUAUACAUGUACAUAUGUUUCUGUUGUUAAAAAUUAUAGAGGAAUGAUUUUAUAUUACAUGGCCUGGCUUUUUUUAAUAAAGAAUACUCCUGUCAGUGAACGAUCACGCAUCUUCUUCAGUUGUGCACAAUGUGUUUUACACGCAGUAUCUGACCCAAGCAUAAUAAUCGUAUAAUAACUAUUCGUAAAUUAUGUUUAUACGAAAAGAGAAAGUAAUGUUUCGAAUGUAUUUAGAAUUAAAAUAUCCAUGAAGCGUGGCUGAAAGAUCUAACUAAAACUUUAUUCGCAUCCCCUCGACGGGAACACGAUAAUCAUACGUUCGUUCCUCGUUCUAUGAUCUUUUCCUCCGCUUUUGAAAAAUCCAUUUCUAAACUUAUGAUUAUCGUCAACGACUAAAAAUACGCAAGCGGAAAACAUUUAUCGGGAAAACUCUUUCAUGGAAAAUUGCACAAAAAUCGAAACAACAACAAACAGAACUUUCCACCCCGAGUUUCUAAUUUCACAGCGCAAGCGCACAAUCUUACAAAACUUUUCGAACCAUUCGAUUAGUCGACGAUGGAAUUGUUAUCAGUCUGCUUCUCGAUAUCCAACCAUGAACGCGGAAAAGUUGAUAUUCGAGGGAAAACCUCGCAACGCCAAUUACAAGAACGAUUUAAGCUUUAACGUACGAUUGAACGUCUGGACGUUGAGAACAAUCGGCACUUGGCCAAGAUCCCCC